UCCGGAGAAGGAGACAUGACCUCCAACAUGAGUGUGUCUGGAAAACAGGACUUAAAGAAAGACGAGAGAAUGAUGGAGGGAAAGAGAUCAGACUCACCAGAACCCAGCUGUGUGUCCAUGAAGAGUGACAAGUCAGUGGAUCGUCCAAUUACCUUCAGAGACGGAGCCAGUUCUCCUGAUGUGAGACCACAACAGAAGAAAUCAAACCUCAGCAGAAAUCAGUUGGACUCCAUAUUCAAGGAGCUGGAACACAAAGUCAUCACUCUGAUAAAGAAUGAGCUGAAGAGGUUUAGGAAGCUCCUGAGUCCAGAUUACCCAGCAUGCACUGAGAGGGAGGUGGAGGAUGAGGAGGAUCUGCACAGUGUCAGAGACGGAGCGCUGAAGAUCACACUGCACGUCCUGAAGAACAUGAACCACACAGAUCUCGCUAACACACUGCACAACAAACUCGCCUCUGUGUAUCAGACAAAGCUGAAAUCCAGCCUGAGAGAGAAGUUUAAAAGAAUUAAUGAAGGAAUCUCACAGCAUGGAAGCUCAGCACUUCUGAAUGAGAUCUACACAGAGCUCUACAUCACAGAGGGUUGGAGUGGAGACGUCAAUAAUGAACAUGAGGUGAGACAGAUUGAGACAGCGUCCAGGAGACCAGCAGCACAGGAGACACCCAUCAAAUGUAAUGAUCUCUUUAAAGACAAGUCCAUCAGAAGUGUGCUGACUAAAGGAGUUGCUGGAAUUGGAAAAACAGUCUCUGUGCAGAAGUUCAUUCUGGACUGGGCUGAAGGAAAAGCAAAUCAGGACGUCACCUUCAUGUUUCCACUUCCCUUUAGAGAGCUGAAUCUGAUGAAGCAGGAACAUCUCAGUCUGAUGGAUCUUCUUCAUCACUUUUUCCCUGAAAUGAGAAAACUACAAUUAAUAGACUCCUACAAAGUCCUGUUGAUCUUUGAUGGUCUGGAUGAGUGUCGACUUCCUCUAAAUUUCCAGAAGAAUGAGAGACUGUGUGAUGUGACAGAGUCAGCCUCAGUGGACGUGCUGCUGACGAACCUCAUCAAGGGGAAUCUGCUUCCCUCUGCUCUCCUCUGGAUAACCUCUCGACCAGGAGCAGCCAAUCAGAUCCCUCCUGAGUGUGUAGACCAGGUAACAGAGGUACGAGGGUUCAGUGAUCCUCAGAAAGAGGAGUACUUCAAGAAGAGGAUCAGUGAUCAGAGCCUGGCCGAUAAAAUCACCUCACACAUGAAGUCUUCAAGAAGCCUCUACAUCAUGUGCCACAUCCCAGUCUUCUGCUGGAUCUCAGCCACUGUUCUAGAGAGAAUGUUGGGUGAAGCAGAGAGUGGACAGAUCCCCAAGACUCUGACUCAAAUGUUCACACACUUCCUGAUCUUUCAGAUCAAACACAAGGACCAAAAGUACCAUCAGAAAUGUGACCCUGAUCCUCAGCAGACCAGAGAGAGUAUCCUGGCACUGGGAAAACUGGCUUUCCAACAGCUGGAGAAAGGAAACCUGAUCUUCUAUGAGGAAGACCUGAGAGAGUGUGGCAUUGAUGUCAGAGAAGUGUCGGUGUACUCAGGAGUGUGUACCCAAAUCUUCAGAGAGGAGUUUGGGCUUCACCUGGGGAAGGUGUUCAGCUUUGUACAUCUGAGUGUUCAGGAGUUUCUGGCUGCUUUAUACACAUUUCUCUCCUUCAUCAGCAGAAAUGUAACAGAACAACCAACCACUGAUCUGUCUGAUCUUCUCAACAAGUCAGACAUGUCUGAUCUCCUCAGGACUGCAGUGGACAAGGCCUUACAGAGUGAGAACGGACACCUGGACCUGUUCCUCCGCUUCCUUCUGGGUCUCUCACUGGAGUCCAAUCAGACUCUCUUACGAUGCUUAAUGCCCCAGACAGGAAGCAGCUCUCACAGCAAACAGGAAACAGUCGAGUACAUCAAGGAGAAGAUCAGGGAGAACCCAUCUCCAGAGAAAUCCAUCAAUCUGUUCCACUGUCUGAAUGAACUGAAUGAUCAUUCUCUAGUGCAGGAAGUACAGACUUACCUGAACAGAGGAGGUCUCAGUCGUCUCAGUGGAACCAGACUCUCUCCUGCUCAGUGGUCAGCUCUGGUGUUUGUGUUACUGAACUCAGAUCAGGAGCUGGAUGUGUUUGAUUUGAGGAAAUAUGACCGAUCAGAGAAAUGUCUUCUGAAGCUGCUGCCAGUGGUCAAAGCCUCCAGAAGAGCUGUGCUGUGUGGGUGUGAUCUGACAGAGGAAAGCUGUAGAGUUCUGUCCUCAGUUCUCAGAUCAAACUCCUCCAGACUGAGAGAACUGGACCUGAGUUACAAUAACCUGCAGGAUUCAGGAGUGAAGCUGCUCUCUGCUGGACUGGAGAAUCCACACUGUACACUGGAGAUACUGAGGCUGUGGGAGUGUAAUCUGACAGAGGAAAGCUGUAGAGUUCUGUCCUCAGUUCUCAGAUCAAACUCCUCCAGACUGAGAGAACUGGACCUGAGUUACAAUAACCUGCAGGAUUCAGGAGUGAAGCUGCUCUCUGCUGGACUGGAGAAUCCACACUGUACACUGGAGAAACUGAGGCUGUGUGUGUGUGAUCUGACAGAGGAAAGCUGUAGAGUUCUGUCCUCAGUUCUCAGAUCAAACUCCUCCAGACUGAGAGAACUGGACCUGAAUCACAAUAACCUGCAGGAUUCAGGAGUGAAGCUGCUCUCUGCUGGACUGGAGAAUCCACACUGUACACUGGAGAUACUGAGGAUGUGGAACUGCAGGAUUACAGAUGAAGGUUGUGCUGCUCUGGCUUCUGCUCUGAGGUCAAACUCCUCAUCACACCUGAGAGAACUGGAUCUGAACGGUAAUAAUCCAGGAGAAUCAGGAGUGAAGCUGCUCUCUGAUCUACUGAAGGAUCCACACUGUAACCUGGAGACACUACACAUUAACUAUAAUACACUCACCAGGACUGGCGUAUGACAGGAGUCUCACCUCAAACCUCUUCUCCAGGAUAAAGCAGUCUUGGUGAAGAGUUAGAACCCGUCCCACAUUUCCAGCAGUUUGGGAGCUGAAUCAUUAAACUUAAAGGGGCAGAGCAGAAACAAAGUCAAGAACAGGCAGAAGGUCAUACACAGGAGAAAUCAACACACGUAACCAAAUAUCUGCUGUACAAAGCAACGGCACCGAUCUGCCCCGGGGAUGGAGACUGACGAGGCUUAAGUACACGUCCGGAAAUGUACAGCCAACUCAUCCCAAAGGCGGGAGCAGGCGUGUACGAGAUGUGAUCGUCCAAUGGCAAGCAGGAACAUGACGCACUGCAGUGGACUGGGCUUAAAAGAGGAGGAGACAAGACACCCAUCCCUCCCCCGACAUAGACAGAUGGAACAUAGUACAAACAGAAAUACAACUGAGGACGUAACAAUGGCCAAGUAUCAAAUAAAAUGUAAACUUGCAUUGAUGAAGGUAAUGUUGUUAGUAAUUGUUUAUAAAUUACCAUGGUAACACAGAGCUCCAAGGUAUAAAAAUAUGGAGUUUGUCAUCAAUCAAACAGUGACCAGUUUUAAUACCUAAAAAAGUUUACGUAGCAAAAUUUAGCAAAGCGCUUUACAGUAAAUUAAAAUGUAAAAUUAAACUAAUGAAAUGUUGUGCAGCACAUGCUUAUGUUAAUGUUUGUUACAUUAUAUGAUCAUAUAAAUAAAUAAAUACUCCCAAAGUCA